UUUCCCUCAGCGAUCAGCUGACACGUCUUGGCUACUCUGGAAGAGAGGGAAAGGUCGGAAAAAAGAAAACAGCGAUGGCGGCGGAGAUUCAUUCGAGGCCCCAUUCCUCCAGACCCAUCCUCUUGAACAAAAUCGAAGGCCACCAGGACGCAGUGAACGCUGCAGUAUUGAUCCCGAAAGAGGAUGGAGUUAUCACGGUCAGCGAAGACCGGACUAUUCGAGUAUGGCUCAAGAGAGACAGUGGGCAGUACUGGCCCAGCAUUUACCAUACUGUGUCAUCUCCAUGUUCCUGUAUGUCAUAUCACCAUGAAAGCAGGCGGAUCUUCAUAGGACAGGACAAUGGUGCAAUUGUGGAAUUCAUAAUUUCUGAAGAUUUCAACAAGAUGAACCAUGUGAAAACCUACCCAGCUCAUCAGGGUCGAGUGUCUGACAUGGUAUUCUCCUUGCUGAGUCAGUGGGUGGUGAGUACGGGGCAUGACAAGAGUAUAAGCUGGAUGUGCACACAGAGUGGCUCCAUGCUGGGACGUCACUACUUCGGCUCAUGGGCCUCUUGUCUGCAAUAUGACAACGAUACCCAACAUGCAUUUGUAGGUGACUACUCGGGCCAGAUCACCCUGCUUAAAUUGGAGGGACAGACAUACUCUACUAUCACUACUCUGAAGGGACAUGAAGGUAGUAUAGGGGCUCUGUGGUGGGACCCUGUGCAGAGAUGGCUGUUCUCUGGAGCAUCUGACCACAGCGUGAUUAUGUGGGACAUUGGCGGGAGAAAAGGCCGCACACUACUACUGCAGGGACAUCAUGAGAAGGUGCAGGCUCUGCGGUAUUUGCAGCUCACCAGACAGCUGAUCUCCUGUUCUGCUGAUGGAACUAUCACAGUGUGGAACAUGGACACACAACGGGAAGAGGCUCCGCAUUGGUUGGACAGUGAUUCGUGUCAAAAAUGCGAACAGCCAUUUUUUUGGAACAUUAAGCAAAUGUGGGACACAAAAACUCUGGGGCUACGACAGCACCACUGCAGGAAGUGUGGAAAAGCGAUCUGUGGGAAGUGUAGUUCUAAAUGCUCAACAUACCCAAUCAUGGGAUUUGAGUUCCAGGUGCGAAUGUGCGAUGACUGCUAUAACACAAUCAAAGACGAAGAGUAAGUUUUUUUUAUUCAUUUAUUUUUUUUUACUUUUCCUAGUUCAGUUUCUUUACACAACUUUAAGCUGUCCACAAGGAUGAGUUGGCAUUCUCACCUCAAAAUGCAAAUAUUUAAAGGGUUGUCAUUUACAUGACACAUUGUUAAUGUUCAGACAUUUUUUUGAAUAAGGAAUGUGUCUUGAUGUAAAUACCUUGUUACAUUGCACUCUAAAAGGUUGAUUUAUACUUUUAACUUUUCUCACCUAGGCUAAAAACUGGAGAAAAAAACAAAAACAACAGUUUUUACAGUUAGCAUUUAGGCAGCCGUGUAGGUUAGCUGAGCAAUUUUUAGCCGAGAGAGUUUUGGCGAACAGUUCUAAAAUGCAGCUUAUUCCUUCAGCUGGUGAUGCUUUGCCAAAGCUCUUUUCACCGCUGACUGCGUUUUUAGUAGGAUUUUAGAUUCACACUGUGCCUGAGCAGAGUUUCUGCAGUGUAUGUUCUCUCACAUACUCACGCCUGAUGCACUUCACGCUGAGCUCGGGUUUACAUAUCGCACAGGAAAAUUCAAAAUUUUCAUCCAGUGUAGUUCAUCCAUUCUUGGUUCAUGCC